UGUGUGUGUCCGUCCAUGUGUGUGUGUGUGUCCGUCUGUGUGUGUGUGUGUGUGUGUGUCGUGCCAUGUGUAACAUUCUCUCUGUCUCUGGUCAGUAUCGACAGGGAUGGUAACAUGACCAUCGACUGGGAUGAGUGGCGAGAUCACUUCCUGUUCAACCCCAUACACAGUCUGGAAGACAUCUCUCGCUACUGGAAACACUCUCAUAUGCUGGACAUAGGAGACAACCUGACCUGUCCUGAUGAGUUCUCCGAGCAGGAGAAGAAGUCAGGGUUCGUCUGGAGACAGCUGAUGGCUGGAGCUAUGGCAGGAUCAGUCUCCCGGACCGGCACCGCCCCACUGGACCGCCUUAAAGUCUUCCUGCAGGUGCAUGGCUCGACCCCGGGGAACCCUGCAGGGGCCCUUGGGGUGGGGAACAUGGUCAGUGGGCUGAGGGCCAUGGUGAAGGAGGGGGGAUUCAGUUCCCUGUGGAGGGGCAACGGGGUCAACGUCAUGAAGAUCGCCCCCGAGACCGCCAUCAAGUUCUGGGCCUACGAACAGAUUAAGAGGUGGAUGCGUGGCAGUAAGGAGAGGGGACCUCUGAGGGUUCAUGAGAGGUUUGUAGCUGGGUCGUUAGCAGGAGCUACUGCUCAGACAGCCAUCUACCCUAUGGAGGUCCUGAAGACUCGUCUGACCCUGGGGAAGACAGGCCAGUACACCAGUGUGUUAGACUGUGCCAGACAGAUCCUCCACAGGGAGGGCAUCAUGGCCUUCUAUAAAGGAUAUGUACCCAACAUCAUAGGCAUCAUACCCUACGCUGGCAUUGACCUCGCUGUCUACGAGACUAUGAAGAAUGCGUGGUUAGCGAGGCACACAGAUUCAGCAGACCCAGGUGUUGUGGUGUUGGUGGGGUGUGGAACCAUGUCCAGUACCUGUGGUCAGCUAGCCAGUUACCCUCUGGCUCUGGUCAGAACACGCAUGCAGGCACAGGCCUCUGUGAAGGGUGGCCCUCAGCUCUCCAUGCUAGGUCUGUUCCAGAACAUUGUGACCCAGGAGGGCGUGGCUGGCCUCUACCGCGGCAUCGCCCCCAACUUCCUGAAAGUCAUCCCCGCCGUCAGCAUCUCCUACGUAGUCUAUGAACACAUGAGGUGGAGAAUAGAGAAAUCUCUGGGAUAGGAUGACACCAUCUCCAUGUUGUGUGGUUGGUUGGUCCUGAAGAAGGAAGGGAUACGCCACUGGAACCUUGGAACCACCAUGACUUCUAGAACUGUUCAUAUUGGAACCACCAGGACUUCUAGAACUGUUCAUAUUGGAACCACCAGGACUUCUAGAACUGUUCAUAUUGGAACCACCAGGACUUCUAGAACUUUUCAUAUUGGAACCACCAGGACUUCUAGAACUGUUCAUAUUGGAACCACCAGGACUUCUAGAACUUUUCAUAUUGGAACCACCAGGACUUCUAGAACUGUUCAUAUUGGAACCACCAGUACUUCUAGAACUUUUCAUAUUGGAACCACCAGGACUUCUAGAACUUUUCAUAUUGGAACCACCAGGACUUCUAGAACUGUUCAUAUUGGAACCAGCAGGACUUCUAGAACUUUUCAUAUUGGAACCACCAGGACUUCUAGAACUUUUCAUAUUGGAACCAGGGUGACUUGAGAACUUUUCACAAUGAAAGGACCAGUAGCAAUCUACAUGCCAUGACUCAUCGUAGGUGGAAGAAGAGGAUGAGGAAGAGGAGAAGAUGAGGUGUUGAAGUCUUUCUUUCGAUGAUCUGAAAAGAUUGGGAUGUGCUUGUGGACACAGGAUUUAAAUAAACCUCUACCUACGAGAGAAUUUUAAAUUAUAAUGCUGUGAGGACAUUUUAGACAGCCGGAUGAGAAACAAGCACAUUAAACCUUGUACUGUAUUUAGGGUUGCAAAAUUUCAGGAACUUUCCCCAAAUUCCCUGAUUUUCCAGAAAUCCUGGUUGGAAUUUUUCUUGAAUCAGACAGAAAUAAGCACAAAAUCCAUAAUCCUCCAACCUGGGAAUUUGGGGGAAAAUGACUGGAUUUUGCAACCCGAUAUUGAAACUUGAUUUUUUUCUGAAUCCCAGUUACUGUGGUACGUUUCAACAAAGAGUUUUAUCAAGAGUUUUAUCAAAGUACGUAAAUAGUUAGAGAUGCAUGGUUUAAUCAAGUACUAAAGCCAAUAGAACACAGACACGCGCUGAUGUCAUCACGAUGAUGAUACGACUCAGAGGUGGUCCCCCUUUUACGUGUGUGUCAGUGUGUGUGUGUGUGUGUGUGUGUGUCAGUGUGUGUGUGUACAGCGAGUAAGUGUGAUUUUUGUCUCACAAAAAAUAUGAUAAAACUCCAGAAUGCCAAAUCAACCAAA